AUGAAGUUUGCUCACGAUUUCAAACAAUCUCUGGCUACACAGGACUUCCCUCCUCACUGGGUUGACCAUGCCAUUCCCUACAGCCAGCUGAAGAAAUGUCUCAAGAAAGUUCAGCGCGAGUUGCACGCGCUCGGCCUCGACCCAGACACGCUUCGCUCGUUGUUGGACCCUAACAACACUUCUGCGGUCGCCUUGCAGUAUAAGCUUAACGCUGCCACCGAUUCGAACCUCCUGCGCCCCAAGCUCACUGUCAACGUUCACAUGCGAAACGGCGUCCCCAUUGACGCUUCACUGUCUUCAGCCUCCAAGGAGUUCCUCAACAAGAUCGCUGCCUCCAUCUCCCAGGACCAGUGGAAACACGCCUCUGGAUCUGCCACCGAACUCAAGACUGGCAUCCUCGACUGCGACUCCACUCCUCGGGCCGUCAGCUCACCCACCGAGCCAACUCCUCAGUCACCAGACGAAGCGCAACAUCCUCCAGCGCCAUCAGACCUCGACGCCACGAACCCAGCCGCGCCAGACGAUGGCACCUACGAAACCAUCGAGGUUCCCCUCGUGUUUGAUGGCGAAUUCUUUGAUAUUCUACAGAGUGAUGUCAACAGCCUUGACACGUUGCAGGCUCAAGAGGAGGAGAGGAUGAAUGCCGAGAUUGUAGACCUCGGUAAGGAAGUUGCCCAGGUUGCAAAGCCCUCCCGGUUCUCCAAAAAUGACCUGGCCCGGUGGCGCAACAUUUUUGAGCUGUACCUUGACGCUGAAGUCUUCUUCGCUACCCACGAAUUGGACCAUGGCGCGAGAUCAAGUCAGGUGGCCUUGAAGCAGCUCCAAUGGUUCCAGAGCGAAGUUGAGACGCAGGGCUUGGUCAACCAAUUCAAACUACCAGAGAGCCGGGCCGCGUUCACUCGGUUCCUGCGCUUGAACGCCUCCUUGCUCAAGAACCUGCAAUUCCAGGAACUCAACAAGCUCGCCAUCUCCAAGAUUCUCAAGAAGUUCGACAAGCGGACAUCCUUGGGCAUUUCAAAGGCCUUUCCCACUGCAGUUCACUCAAAUAAACUUCUGGCUGGAAACGUUGCGAGGGAUGUCUGUGCCCAGAUGUCACAGGAGUUGGUGUCAGUGGUGCCCCAGCUCAACGACUACCUCUGUCCUGUCUGUUUUUCCUUGGCAUAUCUGCCCAUCCGCCUGGAUUGCCAGCACGUCUUCUGCAUCCGCUGCGUAGUCAAGAUACAGCGCCGUCGAGAGAAACAUUGUCCCCUUUGUCGGGCUGAUGUGGUCAUGAAGGCCUCUACAGAAAACCUCGACUUUGAGUUGUCCAAGUAUAUGAGAAAGUACUUCCCCAAGGAUGCCAAAGAGAAACAGCGCGCCAACGACAUCGAACGUGGCAUUGAGGAUUUCGGGCCCCAAUAUGUUCACAGGGAGUGUGCCAUCAUGUGA